UAGGCUAUAGGGGGGCCAAACCGCCUGACCCCAUCCCAGACCGCAGAGGCAAACUGAAAACAAUCACUGGAUACUCAAGAAAUCGUUUGGAGCUAUACUUUUAUUUUAGGCAGAGGAUUCACUAUUUCAUUUUUACAAUGAAAUUCGGCAUGGAUUUAUUUCUAGUGACAUUUAUUGUGAACGCGAACUGUUGUGCUGCUAUAUUUUGGCUUGGACUUACUGUAAAGGGGAGCUCUGUAGGCUGGAAUCAAACUCAUCAUUGCAAGCUACUAGAUUGGUUGGCACCUGAUCAAUCGCAACUUUGCCGGAGAAACCUCGAGCUGAUGCACAGUAUUGUCCAAGCCGCCAAGUUGACCAAAAAUACCUGUCAGAACACAUUCAAUGACAUGCGAUGGAACUGUUCAUCUGUUGAAAAAGCCCCUCGUUUUACACCAGAUUUGGCAAAAGGCACCAGGGAGUCCGCAUUUGUGUUUUCGCUAGCGGCUGCUUUAGUGAGUCAUUCCAUUGCCAGAGCCUGCUCGUCUGGAGAGCUCCCCAGUUGCUCGUGCGCCCCAGCCCCUGCUGAACAGGCCGGGCCCGACUUCAUAUGGGGAGGAUGCGGUGAUAACCUGCGCUACGGUCUCCAAAUGGGAUCUGCCUUUUCUGAUGCACCGAUGAGAAACAGCAGAUCUGGCUCUCAGGCGUUCAGACUCAUGCACUUGCACAAUAAUGCAGUUGGAAGACAGGCACUUAUUGAUGCUCAAGAGACAAAAUGCAAAUGCCACGGGGUGUCCGGGUCCUGCUCUGUCAAAACAUGUUGGAAGGGCCUCCAUGAUAUUAACCACAUUGCCAUGGACCUCAAAUCCAAGUACCUGUCUGCCACGAAGGUGAUCCAUCGUCAUGUUGGGACAAGGAAGCAGUUGGUCCCCAGAGAGUUGAACGUUCGACCAGUGAGAGAGAGUGAGUUGGUCUACCUGGUCAGCUCUCCAGAUUACUGCACACACAAUGAGAAGCAUGGCUCACUCGGCACACAGGACAGGCAAUGCAAUAAGACAUCCAAUGACAGUGGGAGUUGCAAUCUCAUGUGCUGUGGUCGUGGCUACAAUGCCUACACUGAGAGAAUUGUGGAGAGAUGCCAGUGCAAGUACCACUGGUGCUGCUAUGUCACCUGCAAGAGGUGCGAAAGGACAGUGGAGAGAUAUAUAUGCAAAUGAACUUUCCCAGAGGCAUGUGAGUGAACAUGAAGCACUAUUUUCACCACCAUCAUCUUGUCGAGUCGUGCAGACCCAGCAGUCACCUGACCUGACUCCUGUGUGCUUCUGUGCUACUACAUAGCCUACAGGCUAAGUGCAAUAAAAAACAAGAGGAGCAACUCACAGACACUACCAAAGAUAAGCAGAUGAUCUGGACUACGUUAGCUGUUUUAAAGAGACUGGAGGGCACUACUGUGAAGAAGAUUGUGUUACUUGAAGAGCAAAUGUGAUUGAUUGGGAGCUGUAGGCUAUUUGAGUUUGAUUAGUAAAAUGUUCCGCAAUAGGACAAGUUGAAUAGAUGACGAAGUAACUGAAUCACAACAGACUUCCCAGAAGCUUCCCCAAAUGCGAAUUGGCCAGUCAGCUUUAAGAUUUCCAACUGAUCAUGAAAAGCUUUUAACAAUUUUACAUCUUACACGUUAACGAAAUUGCAAAUAAGAGGCAGAAUACCUGAUUGAUCUUGUGUCCAUUUUAGUCACACAGGGUUAAUGCCAUACUACUCAGUGUAGGGAUAUUCUGAUCAUAGGCAUGCAGCACACAUAUUAUCAA